CCAGGCUGUAACUCACCCCAUUCACUGGGCGGCCACCUCGCACAACCAUUCAGACCGACAGCAGCCUGUCGCCGCCUCUAUCUGCACGGUCUCGCUUGCCCUGUACUUAUUGCCCUUUCCACCCUGCUCUUUUGCACCUUUCCCACCGCAACCCCGCCUCAUGUCCAACCAGUCUAUCCUCCGCAUCACUCGCGAGCUGAGUGAGAUCCAGAGGGGAUCUGAUCUCUCACUCGCCGUAGCCUGCCGCGACAUCGACGUACGCCAUGUCAGGGCCCUCAUCAUAGGACCUCCAGACACCCCCUAUGAGUUUGGCUACUUCGAAUUCUCCGUCAAAUUCACCCGAGAAUACCCUACCAAAGCACCAGCAGUAACUGCAAUCACAACAAACAGCGGACGGACGAGGUUCAAUCCGAACAUCUAUGCGGGAGGCAGGGUGUGCUUAUCAAUUCUUGGCACCUGGAGAGGCGAACGAGGCGAAGAAUGGUCAUCUGCCCAAGGCCUCGAGUCUAUCCUUAUCUCCAUCCAGAGUUUGAUGUCCCAGAAUCCGUACGAGAACGAACCAGGAUUCGAAGAUGCCAAAUCUGACUACGACAAGAAGAAUCAGGAGGCAUACGUUGCUAAGAUUCGGCAUGAAACCCUAAGAAUAUCGGUGAUCGAGCGGCUCGAAGACUACCUUGGCAUCGAUCGGGGAAAAGUACCAGGGGUAACCGUCUACAAUGCCGAAGAAGACUACCAGUCCAACGCAGCGGAAGCGCCAUUUGAACCGUUCAAAGAUCUGUGCAAACGGCGAUUUCUCUGGUAUUACGAAUCUUACAUGAUCAGCAUCAAUAAGGAAGCAAAGAAGCACAAGGAUGGUGAUCGUUUUGAGAAGAUGCCAUUUGAGGGUCCCGGCAACAUCAUGGAAGGAACAUUCGACUACUCGUCACUCAAGAAACGUUUGCAAACGAUAUAUGAUAAGUUGACUGAAGAGGCACUUUCGUGGGCUACUGAGGGAUGUACAGCGGUUCAGAAAGAAAUGAGCAUCGCGAGCAACCUUCAACGGCAGUUCGAGCAGAUCGUUGAGAAUUACAAGAAGAACGAUGCAAUUACCCUAGACCUAGAGCUUGUCGACAAGAACCCCUUCGUCUGGCAGCUAGUCCUCUUCGGAAGGCCUAUGACGAACCUUGAUGGCGGCGUGUUCCGGAUCUUGAUCUAUCUGAGUCCAAAGUUCCCUGAUGUCCUACCGCGUAUCAAGUUCGAGACCCCGAUCUUCCACCACCGCGUUUCCCCGAACGGCAUUCUAUGCUACGAUGCGACGCGAAAAGAAGAUCUCCGAUCUCACGUCGAGGCUAUCAUUGAGGCCAUCGAAGAGGAGUCGCCGGCUUACGAUCCUCGAACUUUGGUGAACCCAGAGGCAGCCAAGCUCUUCUGGGGUACCCCUGAGGACAAGAAGAUCUACAACCGCAAGCUGAGGAGGUCGGUCCAGGAUAGCACCGAUUUCUAAGCGACGCUCUAGGGGCUACUCGCGUCGUCUUCUUCACUCCAUAUUAAUUGCGACGAAGCUACGGCUUUCUUAAAGAAUGAUAGAAAGAGGAAUUUGAUACCCGGAUCUCUGGCACCCAUUUCGGGGGAUAAGUCCAAGGCUACAUGC